UUCGUCCAUCCUUCUCCACUCUCCACUCCUCACCAAACCAGAUUCUAUUUCUUGCAGCAACACACCAAUGGCGGCCCUUUCAGACCUCCUCAACCUCACCCUCUCCGACAAAAUCAUCGCCGAAUACAUCUGGGUCGGAGGCUCUGGAAUAGAUAUUCGAAGCAAAGCCAGGACACUUUCUGGACCAGUUACUGAUCCUUCGAAGCUUCCUAAAUGGAACUACGACGGCUCCAGCACUGGCCAAGCCCCCGGCGAGGACAGCGAAGUCAUCCUGUAUCCUCAGGCGAUUUUCCGCGAUCCGUUCCGGCGAGGGAAAAACAUUCUGGUGAUGUGCGAUGCUUACACACCGGCCGGCGAGCCGAUACCGACGAACAAGAGGCACAGUGCCGCCAAGAUCUUCAGCCAUCCUGAUGUCGCUGCCGAAGAGCCAUGGUUUGGGCUCGAGCAAGAAUACACUCUCUUACAGAAGGACGUUAAAUGGCCCCUCGGAUGGCCGACGGGAGGCUACCCCGGACCUCAGGGCCCUUAUUACUGUGGAGUCGGAGCUGACAAGGCUUUCGGACGAGACAUCGUCGAUGCUCAUUACAAAGCGUGUCUGUACGCCGGGAUCAACAUAAGUGGCAUCAACGGCGAAGUGAUGCCCGGGCAGUGGGAGUUUCAAGUCGGACCAUCCACCGGCAUCUCUGCCGCCGACGAGCUGUGGAUAGCUCGAUACAUCUUGGAGAGGAUUACGGAGGUUGCCGGAGUCGUACUUUCGUUCGACCCCAAGCCAAUCCAGGGCGAUUGGAACGGCGCCGGCGCACACACCAAUUAUAGCACGAAGUCGAUGAGAAAAGAAGGAGGCUACGAGGUCAUAAAAAAGGCUGUCGAGAAGCUCGGGCUGAGGCACCGCGAGCACAUUGCCGCCUACGGAGAGGGCAACGAGCGCCGCCUCACCGGAAGGCACGAAACUGCCGACAUCAACACCUUCAAAUGGGGAGUGGCUGACCGUGGGGCGUCGAUCCGGGUUGGGCGGGACACAGCGAAAGAAGGCAAAGGAUACUUUGAGGACCGGAGGCCGGCCUCGAAUAUGGACCCGUAUGUCGUUACGUCGAUGAUCACGGAAACCACCGUCUUGUGGAAGCCGUGAGGAGCCAAAAGUUGUGUUGCCAACAUUUGCAGUUUCCGGCGCCGGCGCCGGCGCCGGCGUUUUGCUUUGAUUUUAAGAAAGGGAUUUUGAUUUUGUGGUGAAGCAACCCUUACGAGUUAUGUUGUGUAGGAUGGAUGUCAUUUUAAUUAAUUUGCUGUUGUUGGUUAUAACGUCUCUGCAUUUCAGUGUGAUGAUGACACUGAAAAUUUGCUUAUCAAUAAUGAUAAUAAUAGUGAAGGGUUGAUGUUUCUUUAUAA